AUAAAAGGUCAGUUUGGGUGGGGGGGGACGUCAGGCCAAGAAGAAUUUGGUAUAAUCACACAGGAUAUUUUACUACUUUACAGAUCAUGGCGGACUUUGACAUGGUUCUGAAGCACUGGGGUCCAGUGGAGGCAGACUACACUGCCCAUGGCGGCCUGGUUCUGACCCGUUUAUUCACAGAGUACCCAGACACCCAGAAGCUGUUCCCCAAGUUUGCUGGCAUCGCCCAGGGUGACCUUGCUGGUAACGCAGCUGUUUCUGCCCAUGGUGCCACCGUGCUGAAGAAACUUGGUGAGCUGCUGAGGGCCAAGGGCAACCACGCUGCCAUUCUCAUACCUCUGGCCAAUAGCCACGCCACAAAGCACAAGAUCCCCAUUAAUAACUUCAAGCUGAUUGUAGAGGUCAUUGCUAAAGUCAUGGAAGAGAAGGCAGGACUCGAUGCCGCUGGGCAGAAAGCCCUGAGAAACGUGAUGGCUGUUGUCAUUGCUGACAUUGAGGCCAACUAUAAAGAGCUGGGCUUCACCGGCUGAAGAUUAAAGUCCUACGAGUCAUGCCGGGGUCAGAUGACAGACAAGAAAACUUUCCAUAUACGCAUGCUUUUUUGAAAACUAAAUGGUUUAAUCUUUUGUAAACAUACAUUAACUAAUUUGCAAUGAAAGGAAAUCCACUAUAGAGUUAAAUAACAUAAUACGCUUCACAAAUGUAUGUUUUAUUGCAGCAUUAUUAUACUACAUUGUGAUAGUAUAGGUUUUUCUGUUACUGUGUCCACUCCUGUAACCGCUCAGAAAUGAACAUGUUCUUUUAUUCAAGUUAAAUGAGAUUAAUCUUGUUCAGGAUUCUUGACUAACGACAUACUGUAAACCUUUGUCACAUAUUACCAAUAAAAUUCUGUUGCUCAUUA